CCUACUCCCACUAACCAAAGACAAGAAUCCCCCCAUCUGUAAAGCAGUAAAAAGGAAGCGCACUACUCACACUCGCUCUCCUUCUCGUUGACUAGCUGAUCUUCUAUAUCUAUUUGCAGUAGCAAUCUUUUAUUUAGCUAGAGCAGCCAUAUCUUUUCGUUAGCGCAAAAAGAUGGAGCUGGAGAUGGAGAAGAACAGAAGAGGUUUAGUACAAGAAGAAGAAAGCGAUGGAGAGAAAUGGGUGCAUGAUUCAUCUGUGGAUCAUAAAGGAAGAGUUCCUCUCCGUGCUUCAACCGGUACCUGGAAGGCCUCCUUCUUUAUCAUCGUGAUCGAGUUUGGGGAGAGGUUGAUCUACUUUGGCAUAGCAACAAAUCUCAUCUCAUACCUCACAAGAGUGAUCCAUCAAGACCUCCAAACAGCAGUCAAGAAUGUAAACUGCUGGGUUGGAGUAACAACAUUGAUGCCUCUACUUGGAGGGCUCCUUGCAGAUGCCUACACUGGCCGAUUCACAAUGGUCCUGUUUUCCUCCCUCGUAUAUCUAAUGGGCCUAUGCCUGUUUACAAUGUCUCAAUUCGUCCCAAGUCUAAAGCCAUACAGCGAAAGGACGUCUCAGCGGCCUAGAAAGAUUCAUGAAGUGGUAUUUUUCCUUGGCUUGUAUUUUCUCUCUAUCGGAACUGGAGGACACAAGCCCUGCUUAGAAAGCUUUGGAGCCGAUCAAUUCGAUGAUGAUCACUCGGAAGAAAGGAAGAAGAAGAUGUCUUACUUCAACUGGUGGAGUUUCUCACUGUCUUGGGGGCUCUUGCUUGGUGUGACAGUAAUUGCUUACGUUCAAGACUACGUUAGCUGGGGUGUUGCUGAUCUCAUUCUUACAUUCAGUAUGGCGAUUGCAAUAGUAACCUUCUACGUGGGAAAGCCUUACUACCGAUACAGGAUACCUGAAGGGAGCCCUUUAACACCCAUGUUUCAGGUCUUGGUUGCGGCCAUUAGAAAGAGAAAUUUACCUGUUCCCACAAAUCCUGCAUUAUUAUAUGAAGUUCCCAAGUCGCAAAAGCCCCAACGAAGGCUUUUAGGUCAUACCAGUCGGCUUAGGUUUCUCGACAAGGCUGCAACAAUUGAAGAGAAGGACAGGAUGUCGAUAGAGCAGAAUCCUUGGAGAUUGGCAACAGUGACAACGGUCGAGGAGACAAAGCUUAUAUUGAACAUGAUUCCCGUAUGGCUAACUUCGUUAACAUUCGGAAUAUGCGUAGCACAAACCACAACAUUCUUCAUCAAGCAAGCCGCCACAAUGAACCUCAAUAUUACUGAAAACUUUAAGAUCCCACCGGCCUCCAUUAAUGCUCUUGGGGCAAUUGCAUUGAUAAUCUCGGUCACCGUCUACGACAAGAUUCUAGUCCCAAUGUUAAGGAAAGCUACGGGCAACGAAAGAGGCAUCAGCAUUCUUCAGAGGAUUGGUAUUGGCAUGAUAUUCUCAGUUGUGGCAAUGUCUGUGGCGGCCUUGGUGGAAAUGAAGAGGCUAAGAGCUGUCGAGAAGGAAAUAAUUCAAGGAGGGAAAACCGGGCCACUAUCUUUGAGCGCUUUCUGGCUAGCUCCACAAAUAAUAAUUCUUGGCUUGGGAGACGGUUUUGCAUUGGUUGGGUUGCAAGAGUAUUUCUAUGACCAGGUUCCAGACUCGAUGAGAAGCUUAGGAAUUGCUUUCUAUCUGAGUGUGAUUGGGGCUGGGAGUUUCUUGAGCAGCUUUCUGAUUAUUGUUGUGGAUCAUGUCACGGAGAAGGGUGGGAGAAGUUGGUUUGCCCAGAAUGUGAAUAGGUGCCGUUUAGACAACUUCUAUUGGUUGCUGGCGGCCAUGAGUGGGUUGAAUUUGUGUGUUUUUGUGAUGUUGGCUAUCAAGUACACUUACAAAAAUGUGCAGCGAAGGAUGAUUGGGUAGAUCAUCUAGUACUGGUACUUGAUAGUUAGCUUCACAUGUAUCUAUCUAUCUAUGUGGUACCGAGAACCAGCUAGAAAAACCGAACAAAAAAAAAAAAACUUAUAUAAAUGUCGCUUACUUUGCUUGUUUAUUAAAA